GCAUCGUCGGAAACGGAGUUAACGGAGCUGGCGGUCUCACGGCCGUGGCAGAGAGAACGAGGAUCGCGUUCCGCCGAGGUGGUGCAGUUUCGCAAAGUGUCGCGUAGUGUAGUGUUUUACUUCCUUCUCUUCUCGCCACCCCUCCUCCCAGCCCUCUACCCCCGCGUGUCGAGUGUAGUGUGCAUCGAUGAGGCCGCCUGUACCUCCCCCCUGAUGAACUGAGUAGUUGUGCAUUUAGUACAAGGACCGAGAAUACCUGGGAACGCUUGAGAAGCACGUCCCCCGAGACUCCCCCGAUCAAAAUCACUCGCCUAACCUUUCCCCUGUCCUCCUCGCCCUCCUCCUUUCCCUCCGCAAGUACCGAGAAGAUAUCUCAUCGAAACCGCAGGAUCCGUAACCACGCGAUGGACGGUAUGGACAACAAGCCGGUGCUGAACGAUGAUCCGUCGGUCACCCUGACCAUUCGCCUGAUUAUGCAGGGCAAAGAAGUUGGUAGCAUUAUCGGGAAAAAAGGAGAGAUCGUCAAGAGGUUCCGUGAAGAGUCCGGCGCGAAAAUCAACAUCUCCGACGGUUCCUGCCCAGAGCGGAUAGUGACCGUCACCGGGCCAACGAACUCGAUCUUCAAGGCGUUCACGCUGAUAUGCAAGAAGUUUGAGGAAUGGUGCUCCCAAUUCCACGACAUGCAGGGCGGUGGUGCUGGCGGUGGCGGCGGUGUGUCGAGGCCACCAAUCACGCUCAGACUGAUCGUCCCUGCUUCGCAAUGCGGUUCUUUGAUUGGCAAGGGUGGUUCUAAGAUCAAGGAGAUUCGGGAGGUCACCGGUGCCUCCAUCCAAGUCGCUUCCGAGAUGCUGCCUAAUUCGACGGAACGUGCAGUAACCAUAUCUGGUACCAGCGAGGCGAUCACGCAGUGCAUAUAUCAUAUCUGUUGCGUUAUGCUAGAGUCCCCUCCCAAAGGUGCCACGAUCCCUUAUCGCCCCAAACCCCAAGUCGGUGGGCCAGUGAUCCUGGCUGGUGGGCAAGCCUACACCAUCCAGGGUAAUUACGCGGUGCCCGCCCACUCGGACGUAAGUACAGUAUUACCAUUGCCCGCGCCCGCUGCCGGGCCCGCCCCGCCCUCGCUGAACACCCAAACUUUGGCGACCUCGCCCUUCGCGGCUCACCCCUCGUCCUCGGCCUUCGCCGCUUCUCACGGGCACCCGCUCCUAUCCACGGCCCACCUUACAACCCCACAUCAUCCUCUCCAUCCGAGCCCCUUACACGCCAGCGUGGCAGGCCUCGCCGACCCCCUGCUGAAGAGUGGACACUUGCAGGCAGCCCUCCCGCCCGCACACCUCGUGGCAGACGCCAUGGGCAAACUAGGCAGCAAUCCUUUGGCUGGAUUGGCAGCCUUGGGUCUCGGAGGUCUCGCAACACCAGCGAACACGGGUGGUCUUAAUCCAGCAGCAUUAGCCGCAUUGGCUGGGAGCCAGCUGCGUACGAGCAAUACGAACAGGCAGCAACCGGCGGCGAACAAUCAGACGCACGAGAUGACGGUGCCAAACGAGUUGAUCGGUUGCAUCAUCGGGAAAGGCGGUACCAAAAUCGCCGAGAUCCGUCAGAUCUCGGGCGCCAUGAUCAGAAUCAGCAACUGCGAGGAGAGGGAGGGCGGAGCAACGGACCGCACCAUCACCAUAACCGGGAAUCCGGACGCCGUAGCGUUAGCACAGUAUCUCAUCAAUAUGAGGAUAUCGAUGGAGACAUCGGGAGUGCCUAUGCCCGCGUAUCACUUCAUCCCGCCGGACCACAUUGUGAAAUCGCCGAUCCACUAAACGUGGAGCGUUGCCGUGGUCGUUAUCGCCGUCGAAAGGACGCGGAGCAUCGCGGUGCGCGCGAAGCUGUCAGUGGCGUAUACGAGGCUGGGCCACGCACUGUGUUCAACCAGCUUGCAAAUCGAUAUACUUGCAAAAAAGAAAAAAAAAGAAACAAGACACACGACAGUGAGAAAGGGAAAGAGAGAGAGAGAGAGAGAGGAAGGGGAGAGAUAAAGAGACACAAAUACGUAGCACACUCACAUGACACUCAAAAAGAAGUCUAUUUGUGCGCGCUCCAAAACGUGUACGGUAAAAUUUAACAAGACACACCAAUAUACACAAACACACACACACACACUCACGUAUCCUAAAGAGAUUACAUGGAAGCAUGUACAUGGAAAGAUAAAGAAGAUACGCACGCGCGUACACAGACACACCCGAGUGUACAAAACUGUACAAAAAAAAAAGUUAUUUAAACAAAAGAAGAAGAAAAAAAAAAUAAUGAUGCACGCGCCGCAGCCGCAAAAGCUGCCGCCGAUUGGUAAAGGGAACAAGCCAAAGAUAAAUACGUUAGUUUUCAUUUUUAUAUUUAAAAAAGACGUAAAAAAAGAGACGAGACACGCGAGACAGGGAGAGAAAAAAAAAUACGCGCAAAGAGAAUUUUAUUAUUAUUAUUAUAAAUUAUUACUAUGCGCGAUGACGCGCGCGAACUAAAUAAUAUUAGGCCGAUUGUUAGAGUUUUUUCUAAAAAGAUAAGCAAACAAAAAUGCGGAUUAUAUACGCGUCUCGACGUGUUUCGCGACCGGUUCGCGAGCUUAGUUGCUUCAUUCCGGACUGAUUGCAAACGGAAGUGCGACACGUAGUAUCACGGGGACUGACUUGCGAUUCAAAGAAUCGACAGCAAGUAUUUCCACGUCGAAAUUCUGUACUCUCCGGUGAGAAAAAAUGUAGUUUUACAUAAGAAAUGAUGCAUAUAUAAAGAGGGAAUGUAAAUUAGCACGUGCAUUCUGUUUCGCGUAUACGUAUAUAAUGUGCACGAAGCAGCAUGGAGAAGGUUCUGUUUUGUAAUGCGAUCAAUAUGCGAAACACGAUGUAUAUUCCCCCCUCAUAUAAGAAUCUUUACAUCUUUGUUUUUAUAAACAAAGUACUUUGUAUUUAUAAACAUAUUCAAGGCUCGACGAUACCUAUGUAAACAUAUACUCUCUGAAGAUGAAUUAAUGACGGAAGAAGGAGACCUCUGGGAGAGCGUAGAUAUCGUUGAUAUUCGACUUGAAUUUUUAGGGAAAAAAAAAAAAAAAAAAAAAAUGAACCCGAAUAUAAUUCAGCUGCAGGUGCACUUUUGUCCCAUAGAAUCACUUCUAACACAUUGUGUUUUCGCUCUUCAGACUCUUCGAUUAGAGAUAAUUAUUUCCUGGAAAUAAUCCCCGGUCUCUUUUGCGGUUUAGAAUACUUUGAGAAUUCAAAACUGAAUCUCAUGAUUAUAUACCUUUCUGGUGCAGAAGGGAAACGCGUUGAAUAUCUUCGAUCGCGUCUUCUCCUGCACAUCCCUCUCGGGAUCCACGUGCGAUGUCGAUCUUGCACAUCGUCGAUUUGCAUCAUCGAUCUCUGUUUUAUACGAUGUCCCAUCCGUGAACAGUAUCGAGGCUACAGACAGAUAAUAAUAUCAACCCGUGGUCGCAACGUAGUCCAGAAAUAACCGAGAUCGCGAUCACUCUCGCGGAGCGUCGAGGGUCGGAAAGUAACGAUUAUAAUUCGCGCGCGAUAAUUUCACGGUAGUUGCGUAGCUUUUGCAUGCGAAUCUUGGAUUCCAAAAUUGUCGAUAUAAUACUCCUUUUCUUUUCUUUUUUUAAAGAAAAAAAAAACAAAAAAAAGAAACGACCGCGAACGUGUCCCCGCAUCAUCGAUCGCUUGGCGUUUCCCCAAAAGGAAAAUCUCGGAAACGCGAAGGGACGAACAGAUGCGCACGUUCUCUAGCGCGUUCUCGACGCCGUCCUCGACAAGCAUUUCCGGCCAUCCCCGUCUUCGACGCGGUUGUCUUCGAGUACAAAUGCGAGUUGAAUGCGGAAAAGGCCGACGUGAACGUCGCGGACGGUUUCGGGGGCGCGCUUCUGUUAAAAGAAUAAAUGAAAUUAUUACGUGGAAUAUAUAAAUAAUGAUAUAUAUUAUAUAUAUACACACAUAAUAUAUAUUUAUUAUACGAUAAAAAUAACUAGAAGAGAGAAAGAGAGAGAGAGAGAGAGAGACAAAUAGCGACGAAAAGGUGCGAGCUCAAGCCCAUACUCGAUCAAGAGGCAUAUCCUUCCCUUUCUUCAUCAUCAUUAUUCACUUCAGCUCCCUCCAUCUUACCAUCUUGCCCUCCUCUCUGUCGGAUUUUAGCCCCUCUCCCUAUCCUUCAAUGCUUGUAGUUUGAAUCAUAAGAGCCACCCCGACAACGGCAAACAAAAUUCUUUUAUCGUUUUUAGUAGAUAUGUGCGUUUUUUUUUUUGUACGAACGUUUUUUAUUGCUCAUAUCGUUAUCGACUCUUCUCGUUUUCGUGUUAUUUAUAUUAAUCGUGUUACAAUCGUUGAUAUAUAAAUUAUUACUUUGUAAUAAAAUUAUUACUUUGUCUGUGUGUGUGAAAAGAGAAAUGCGCGCGCGCGACAUUGUGCAACGUCUUCUUUUUAUUAUUAUUAUUUUAUUCUAGAUGAAUAUUUGUUCAUAUGUACACACUCUGUACAUAAUUGCGAAAUGAUUAGAUCUUGGCACACGUUGAAUAUUUUUUUUUCUACUGCGUCCAAGUUUCGAUUCUCUUUUAUCGAGAAAUAAAUUGGAUCGAGAGAUUGUUAUUAAAAAUCGGGCCGAGAAUCGCCGAUAUAUAUAUAUAUAAUGGAAUUCCAAAACUAGUUGUACAGCUACUGUAUAUAUACAUAUAAUAUAUUUCGGCAUUUCUCACGUGCCCACAUUUUUAUCUUUAAUAUUUUUUUUACGUACCUAUAUACGUACAUGUGCAAAAUUGGCAAUGGCGGGAGCGAUUAUAAUCUCACGAUUAUAAUCUCACGAUAUCCUGCGCCGGCAACUUCCAUUAUGUGCCAAACAUAAAUUAAAAAGGGUGUAAAACAAAAGGGAGAAGAAAAUACGUUUGUUAGUCUGUGCUUCCGGUGUCAGCUCAAUUAACGAUCAUUACACGGUCUUUGCGCGUAUGUAUCACUUAUAUAUUUUUCCUAAUUCGUAUAUGAAAAUCGCGUAUGAAUCGCUUUUAAUUUUAAUAAAUUAAUUUUAGUAAAUUGAUCCUUCCAAAGAAAAAAAAGGAAAAGAAGAAAAGAAAGUUGCUCACACCAGCAUUAUAUUUGUACAAGUUAGGAAUAUCGUGGACUCGUUUUUUUCCCCCCCGAUAUUUCACUUGUUUUUAUUCUUAUCGAACAUAUUUUUUGCGAUCUUUUCGCUUCUUUUUUUCUCGAGCGUAUUGUAAAUAUAUAUAUAUUUUCACGCUGUACAUAUUUAUUACGUAUUCGGAACAUCUCGUUGUUUGUGAGGCGAAUUUUUAAUUGGAAAUAACUGUAACAUUGGCAUCUACGAUUUUCAUUUUCAUUUUAUAUGUAUAAUAUAUUACAUCGAUAUACGUAUUUUAUCUUUUUCGAAUCACAAUACGCGCUUCAUAUCACACUUUGUUUUCUGAACGAAUGAGUCACGAACGACUUGUCCGUGCAAAAAAAAAAAAUACAAACAAGUUUAUAGAUAUAGUUGUGUUGUUCAAAAUGGAACUCAAUAAUACUAUGACGGAAUUUAGAAAGUUCAUCUUCCUUACGGAAAAUUUAAUUGGAAACAAUUAUUUAUAUCGCAACUUUUGAAAGAUUUAUCCAAUUAGGAAAUCUCUAUAAUAAUGGGACGCUAAAACGUUUUUGUUUACAUUAGAAAUUUGAUUAGUCUUAAAUUUCUUAAUAAUCAAGAAAAAAGAAAAAAAAAUAUAUAUACAUACACAUAUAUUGUUAAUUAAGGUCCCAAUUAAAUUUUCAUUAAGUUAGAAGAUAUAAGCUUUUCUACCACAUUUUACAAAUCUGCGUUUGUCUUACAGAAGGAAGCAGAAAUUAUUCUCUAUGGAUCGAAUUGCACUUAUUUUUGGUUUGAUGUGCUGAUUUCUUUAGUACAUCGGUUGAUCACAUCGCGAGAGUCUGUUGGUGACUCAUUUAAAUUAGGCUCAAGAGAUUUAGCUCUGUGUUAUUUAUAAUUAUUUAUACAUAUAUACACAUAUUGCCAUUUGUGUGUGGAAAAUCGUUUGUUAUUAUAUAUUUCGAAAAAAACGAAACGCAAGUAUUUCUCUCUUUUCUCAUCGUGACGACAAGGCACUCCUCUCACCCUCAUCUCCUCCUCUUCAUCCUCGUUAACGCCCUUGCAUCCUCAUUCUCCACCGGUAUAGGUAGACGAUGACGGCGUAUCGUAGUAAUUAUAUUAAGGGAAAAAAAAGGCAAAAAACUAUACGACACGAGCAACGGUAUCGUUCGAACGACAAGUUGUCUCUGACUAAAAAAAAAAAGUCGAUGAAAAAAAAAAUGAUGAAAAUAACAAUUAGUGAGAGACGCUGUAUGAUUGUGUAUAUCAACAAUAAAUAAUUGCUGUGAUUAGAAUCGAUUAUUAGUAAGUAGUUAAGGAUCAAUUUUUAAGGCACUUCGCGGAGAGAAAGAGAGAGAGAGAGAGAGAGAGAGAGAGAAGGAGUACUUAUAUAUUACUGAAAAAUAUAUGAUAGAGGUAGAAAAAGGAAGAAGGAACGCAUGGUGGAUGUGUUCUACGAAUGUUUGCAAACGCGAGAUGAAGAGAGAGGAGAGACGGGAGAAAAAUCGGGAAGAUUCAGGACCCAUCUUUCAUUAGGCAAAUGAAUAUGUAUGUAUGUAUGUAUGUAUGUGCGCGCGUGCGUCUAAUCCUCCCGAAUUUACGGCGUUACGUCAUUCGAAUCCAAUCGCCACAGAAGCGUCGAGGUUUUAGAAAUCGAUCGGUCUGAUAUUAUAUUUAAAUCGGAAAAACAUGGUGGGAAAAGUGGGAGGGACAAUUGCUGCGCGCAUUUAUGUACGUAAGGGUAAAUCAUGAUCUUCCCAGUCGAACUGUGUCUUUUGAUGAAUCCUUUCAAUAUCGAUUUUGGGGAAAGUUUAAUCUAUUCUUAUAAUUUUAUUCUGAUUUUAGUCAUUAAACUUCUUUCAAGAAUCUCGAUAUUUUAAUACGUGUAUAUAAUAUAUAAAUUAUUAUUUUUUUUUUAAAUGUCAGUAAACAUCACACGGACACUGAAAGGAUUUGUGCGAAAAUAUCGCAUGUGGUUUGAAAUCAUGCGGAUGAAAAACUUUUACUGCUCGGCGACCUUUUCAAAUGUGUCGAGAUGUCGGAAGAACUAUAUUCUCUUAAAAAAGCUACAUGCUUAAUUUUCUGCGGGCUUUAAAUGUGUUUUUAAAAUAAUACAAUACAUGCUUCUUUUUCCUCUCUUGAAUAAUAAUUCCGAAAUUUUUAUAUCGCUAUUGGAUCGCCAUGACUUACAUAUGCUUAAAAAAACGUACGGUUUGGAAAAAUAAGAUGAAGCAUAAUUUAAUAAUUUUUUUUAAUACUAAUCUCUUGUUUCAUUGAAUGGCGUCAUUUUUUUUUUUAAUAAUUUCGUAGAGACUUUUAAAUUUACUCGUUUGAAAAGCCCACCUGUGCGUGAUGCGAAAUUCUACAACGUUCGUAUCCAAAACGCGUUGGAAUAAUUUAAAGGUAGUUUUUGAAUUGUACUUGUAUUUUCUUAUACAUUGGAAAAUUUAUUUAUUUAUUUAUUUAUUUAUUUAGGGAAUGAUUUUAAUGAUUUAAAGGCGUUAGAGUUAAAUAAGUCGAGAGCAAUAAGUAAUUAGUAAUAUUCCUUUUGUAAGGAAAACAUGUAAAAAUUGUACGAUACGGUGAGAGAAAUUAACAGUUUUGAAUACGGACGUGAUUAUUUUUUUGCUAAUUUAAAUAAUAAAAUCACGAAUUAUAUUAAUGACAAGUAAAUGGGAUUGAAAAUUCUCCAGUAUUUUGGGAAUUUUGUGGACUAAGAAUUGUUUCGAAAAAAUUACGAUAUUAAAAAUUAUAACUGCGAGAGAGAAUAAUUAUUUCCCGCUGAUUAAAAGAGAGAAUUAUUGCCUUUUUAAUUGAAAAUCCCAUUCACUUUUCAAACUGGCUCGCUAAGCUCGAUUAUACGUGAUAAUUUAAUAAUCAGAGAUGUUUAAUUAAUGGAAAAUCACUUGGGAGUUAAAGAGUAAGUGACAGGAUGUCGUAGGAAGGUAAUUUGAAAUUAGUCAAAGUGAAAUUCUAAAUUAUUUCGAAACUCUACAGCAAAGGAGGAUUCGCUUCGCCUUAUUUUGCAGAGAUUUAAUUCCGCUCGACAUAUACGGCGGUGUCAGAAGCUCGAAUUAUAAGUUUUUAUAAUUUUCUGUGACAAACUUUUACGAAGUUUGACAAUUAAGCGAUUGAUAGAGCGGGACGCUAAAAAAGUGAAAAGGAAUGUAAGAAGGAAUGUACGAUAGGCGAUCAGAAUCGAGGAAAUUCUGUUGUUUUCGAGAAAAGCCGACGCAGUUUAUCUGCCACUUAUCUAAGAAUGUCGCAUCGACAUAUUCCAGAAGCAUAUCCAAUGACACAUAUGACUCUAGAAUAAUUGAUAUCUCUCUUUUUUUGCUCCGAUAAGCUAGCCUACAUUUAUCCGGCAUUCGAUCGGAAAUCGAUUGAUUAUAUAUCUCGGGCACUUGGAUCUUAUCUCGGAUUCUCUGUAGCUUCUAAUGACCGUUAAGAUAUCGUCUAAUCACGUAUGUCGUAAGUCGUGUUUUGAAAAAAUAAAAAAAAAAAAAGAACUAUAUCGAGAAGAAGGAAAGAACGCAAGUGUUCACGCAGGAGCGUAUAAUGUAAGAAGGAGAUCUACGAGGAUUAGGGAGAUACGUUUAGAUUAUAUCCCUCAAGAUCUGUCGCACCAACAAGUAGUUAGCACGUAAUAAGCAGUUAACGAUAAUCCGCUUUCUAUAUUGUGUAUAGAUAGGGGUGUGUUCCGGAUGGAAAACGAGGAACAUCCAAGAGACGUUAGCUAGUCAGAGCUAAUCUACGCUGUUGGCUGUAAAAGUCAAGUCGUAUCUAAGAAGAACGUUUGCGUGUUUAAACGCUGUACAGUUAGACCUAACUCUGGAGCAACUGACGCUGACCAAUUAUACUUCAACGAAGACGCGGUUAUUCUCGCUCGCGUUGGCGAGCGAGAGAGAAAGAAAAACAGAUGAAAUAACGCGAUCGUUGAAAAGAGUUUCGAGAGUACGUACAUUUCCCUUUCCCCUAAUUAAGAUACGAAACGCGAUCGCGAAGAGAGCGGAGCGUUCGCUUGUAUUAAAUUAAACACGCGCGCGUAUUAAAGAAGAGCAAGGGAAAAAAAAAAAAGCAAAGCGGACGAACGUCAGCAUCAAUUGCGAUCGUAUCGUUGUGGCGUAGAGCAAUCUGUUAGUGCAGGGGCCUUAUCCUUAUCGCGUGGGUCCUCCUACCGUGGAUUGUCGCGAAUCGCGAACGGAGCCAUUUAUCUCGUAUGUCGAGCCGUGAUUAUAAUAAAUCAGAUUACACGCUGAACACGGCGAGUCGGAUACAAGUACAAACGGAAUGGAAUGUAUCAGCUCUUAGAUUUCUUUCUUUCUUUCUUUCUUUUUUUUCUUUUUUUCAAGAUGCGCGAGAUAAACAAUUUCAAAAUUUUUUUUCAAAUUGUUUACCUCGACCUUCGGAGGAAAGACGGCUCUACGAAAACGAGAAAGUUACAAGAGUCAUCGAGAUGGUACGCGAGUCUCUCCAAUCUCCGGGGAAGCGGAGAGAUCCCCGCUUGAUCUCCGUCCGCAGCAUCCGCGGCAAUUCCGGCUAGGGACCUAACAUUUACCGUAACGCAAGGCAAUCAGCUAAGAAAUAAACUUAGUUUUUAUAGGAUAUUGAAUCUCACGUCCCACCCCGGCUGGGCGUGGAUAAUUAAAGGGCCGAAGAGAGAGGCCUCUCUUCCCCCCUCGCGAAAGGAAAAAUUUCGCGCGAUCGGACGAAAUUGUUCGUCGCGUAUUUGUCGCGCGUGACCAGAGGGCGAGUCGGACGACAGACAGAGAGAUUAUCGCUCCGAUGAGCAACUGCAGCUUCUUCGAAAUCGCAUCACACCAAGUGUACAAGAGAGACAGACAAUUAUGCCGGUAUAACAAUCGGCAUAGAAUGGGAAAUGCAAGAGAAUUAUGUAUUCGUGGAAUGAGAUUUUAUCUCGAUAAUUGCUGAGGAAUGUGCGAGCGAUCUCCAAAUUUUUACGGUCUUUUAAACAAGCUUGAUUGUUGUUUGCUGUUUAACGAUAAAAUUAGAAUAUAUUAUUGCCACUUGUCAUAGGAUAAUCGGAUAACUUUCAUGUGCGAAAACUGAUCGUUUCCUCGAUCUUGGACAACGGUCUGUCGUCUAAUCGCGACCCUGAUAUCGCGCCCUCCCUCCCCUCCUUCUUCCCCACCACCCUUCUUUCCCGCGUAAAUCAGGGCAAAACUAAAAAUCGAGCGCGCGUUGAUCAGUCAACGUAAUAAGGAGGAAAAUUGUCGACCUUGAAGCCGGAAAGGUCAUCAGCGAUCAUUUGAUGCGGUUCAGGUGCCAAAGUAAAAAUCGAUUGUGAAAACUCAUCGCGCUUCGAGCGGCUCAAUUUUGUGCCAAGCUAACGUAAAUUGCGAGCGGUAUAACGCGUGUGUGCCAAAUAGCGAAAUUAUAUUAACCACUGCUUAUAUAUAAUAAAUCCCCCCCUCCCCCUCUUUCCUUCUGACGAUUCUCCGAAUGUCGACGAGAAUGUCGAGAUACGCUCGUUGCUUUUAUCGAUGCACCUGAUGAUUACACGUUUUACAUUAAUUGUGCAGUUUACGUUAACUCUAAAUUUAUGCAAAACUAAAUACGAGAAAUGAAUUUUGCUGUCCUAAAAAAAAGUAUAAGCAGCAGUAGGAAUUUUGAUAUAAAAGACGGUCGGUGAAACAAUUUCAGACAAUCACGAAAUAUUAAUAUCGCUAGUAUUUUUAUUAUUUAAAACUUUUUUUUAUCUUGUAAUAUAUAUUGUCUAUUUAUUUUUCAAAUUCACAAUAUGACUAGCAUGAACUUUAAAUAUCACUUAAUAAAUUGCACUGACUAUUUUUUUAUUCUUCAAAAUUAUUUCUAAAUAUAAUUUAAAAAAAUAUAUAUUUAUGUAUCAAAUUGCAUAAUUAAUUAUUUCUCAUUUAUAUGCAUCUAGAACAAGUUUUUAUUUUUAUUUAUUUAUUUAUUUUUUUUUACUUUGCGCAUCGCUGAAAAAGAUAGAAAUCUCGUCGAAACGAAAUGUGAAAAGGGGGAUAAGUAAAUUGCGUUCUCUCAUGGCAGCUCGGAAUAAUGUGUGUAAAUUAAAUACAUUGCGUUCACUUGUCGCAGAUGCGGCAGGAGAAAUUGAAAUUGUAGAAAGAAAUACGAUUAUCUCCAACUUUGCAUGGAAAGUUUUCAGUUCUUGCACUUAUUGCGCGAUAUACAAUUGAAAAGAAUGACUCGCGUUAUCUCACAAUCUUCUUCGAAGAUUAAAGCGGGUUCAUUUCGCUCUCCUCUCAUUAGUGUAAUUGCUUCCUAUCGUGAUCUUCAACUUCUCCUUCUUCUUCUUUUCUCUUUGACAAUUAGUAGAUCAAACUUGCGACAAUCUGUUGUGCAAUCUGCAAUAGUUAUCAGUCGUUAUCAAGAAGGAAGAUUUGAUCUCGAAGGUGUAAUCUUAUAACUUGGGAAGGUGUUCCUUUUUAUGAAAAUAAGUCAUAUCAAUUAACGAGAGAACAAUAAAUUAGAUGUACCCUUCUUUGAUGAGAAAAGUGUUCGUCGCGAAAUAUCGUAUUUUCGUAGAAUAUCAUAUCGCGAAUUUAUUGUAGAGGAAAUUUCAAAAUAUACCUCUUCGUUCGCAUUCUAAAAUGUUAUAUAAAAAGUGAGGACGCGUGCCAAUUUUGACGAUUAGUUUUCUAUUGCGAUUUUACGUGUGCGAAGAGAAAAAUUCGCUCACGUGGAUUUUCCCUAUUAGGGAAACGCGACGACACCCUAUAUAUAUAUACAUAUAUAUAUAUAUAUAUAUAUAUAUAUAUAUAUAUAUAUAUAUAUUGCAGAUUGUUGUGCGACUCGAUCCAUCGUCGAAGUCUCUACAUUAUUUGUACAUUUUGCGUUAGUCUUCCGGUAAUCUUUCCGUUCGUCGUCGAGAAGAAAAGAUACGUAACGAGAAAAGGGUAAUUCGCGUAAGAUUCGAACGAAUUCUUCGUUCUCCUUCCCCAUCUCCCCCCAAGCGUUCAAUCGCGGCUUCUCGACCCCUCUUUAUCCCUCCUUCCCCCUUCUCUAUCUUGAAAAACCUGUACUUCCUUUAUCUUCCUCGGCCAGGAUCGACUUAUGUUAAAAAGCCUUUACGAAAAACAGGGUCAUAAAUACUUAUGUAUAAUACGAGUAUUUUAAAUUUUUAACGCAAAAGUAAAAAGUAAAAUCUGAGGUGUAGUGAUGUGCAUUGUAACGGAGAAAGAGAGAGAGAGAGAGAGAGAAAGAGAAAAGAAAAAAGAAUAAAAUUUUUUUACAAGAAAAUAAUAAUGUGAGGUGUAAAAAAAAACAUGUCGCGUAUAUGAUUUGCGACUGCGUCUUUCAAUGCGUAUCGUCGCCCUUUGUAACGUGUGUCGUUCUCGGGGACACGUGUGUUUAUGCGCGCAUAAAGAGCGCGAGUCGAGUCCUGCGAACCUCUUGAUCCUUUCAGCAUUCGCACAGAUAUUGUUGUUUAUUUAUUUCUUUUUUUUUUUAAAUUUUGUCAUUGUUGAUAUUAAUAUAUUCAUGUAUAAAUAGUAUCUUUAAACUCUAUAUACUUUCCAGAUCUGAUCGACAAUACAUAUUAUGGCGAACGGAUACAAGCUAUCGCUAAGUAACGUGUUUGAAAGGAUCGUGCAGAAAGGGGCACUCGCCGUACUCGAUCGCGGAAAUAGGGUCGGUCGUCACAAAGUCUAAUAAAUCGACGAGUCGAGUCGCGGAGAGAGGAGAUAAUUGAAAGCACCGACCGCGAAGAUUACGAGUCGAGAGAUCGUUACACACGAGAGAUGUAACACUUUUCUUCGCGAUCGGUCGCCCUUGCGCGCAGCGCAAAGUACAUUUAUUCCAGGGUAAAGUUUUUGUAAGAUCGUCUGAUAUGCGAUAUUUUAUGUAAAAAAAAAAAAAGUAAAGAUAUACACUUAAUAAUGUGAGAUACACAACAAUACACACAGGACACACGACAAGCGUGUGUGAGAGAGAGAGAGAGAGAGAGAGAGAGAGAGAGAGAGAGCGAGAGCGCUGAAUGAAUGUGAGAAAAGGCGACACUUUCGUGAUGAUCGUACCGGGAUAUGAGAAUGAGAGACGAAAUAAAACACCUGCUAUAGGCUGACGAUACGUACAUGCGUAUUACGUAUACGUACAUAUAUAUAUAUAUAUACAUAUAUAUAUAUAUAUAUAUAUAAAUAAAUAUAAACAUAAUUACAUACGACAUAAAAUUAUCAUAAGUAUACAUAUAAGAGAUACUUAUAUACUUUAUAUAGUCGCAUUCGUCGUCACAUUAUACGUAUACAACGGGCUUGCGAGCGUUUGACAGGUGAUUUGUCUCGGCUAACGUGUCAAGGAUCGCAUGAAUGAGAAAGUAAAAGAGAGGGAAGAGAGAGAGAGAGAGAGAGAGAGAAAGAAUGCGCGAGAGAAAAGGAAGCUGUAUAGUCGGCAUUUACAUAUCUUUGAUUCGUUCGUUUGCGAAAUUGUCGCUUAAAUAAUACCGACGUCUCUUUACAGGAUCGUUAAAAUCGUCGAUUGUUAGGGCGAGAGUUAAAUGGGUCCAUAGUGUUCAUAUCGCACGUUUAACGAUAACUGUGGCUGUUCAUUACUUUCGUAUCUUAUCUCAUAUUUUUAUCGCCGCAAGAGAGAAUUAAGAGCAAUCAUAUAUGUGGCAAUAGAGAGCUCUUGCCUCGCGAAUCUGGUCGGUAGACACUUAUCUUAUAACUCUUUCUCCGUCUAUAUUUUACAAGUAUAAGGAUAGAAAGGACCAUACGCGUGGAUAAGGAUUACUACAAUCAAGAACAUGAAAUGAAAAUCUAUCCACUAUAGCCAUUGGUCCUCAAAACACGACACGUUUAUACGGAUAGAUUACUGUCAAGUCUUUCUUACGUCAAGCUUACAUUUCUAGCUAAAACGGACCAUGUGGCAGCCACAUUUAACGCUAACCGUGUAUCGUACCGGGGGAGACUCGGGCCAACAGACACGAACAGAUUCGGUGAUGAAUACGUAUAGAUCCCCCUCCCCCUCCUCCCCUCCCUUCCUCUCCUCCUUCAAUCCUUGUCAAUCUACAUAUCAGAAUUUAAUUUCACCACCAACUCUCCCGAGAUCUCGCCUCGACGAUCCCUUAGCAAAGGGAUCGAAGUGGAAAAGAUUUACAUCGAAUGUGAGGGGGUCUAUUUUAUCCGUAAAGUAUAGCCAAGGAUUUAAGGAGCUAGUUUUUUAAUUCCCUUGCCCUUUUCUCUCCUCCGAUCUUACUCUCGUGAUUCUUACAAUCCGCAACAAAAUCCUCUUUCCCCCCUUCCCCCUCAUUCGUCUUCUCAUCUUUUCUUCCGACGCAUCCUAGGUUUAGAAGAAUAUAUUUGUAUAUUGUCAGUUAUCACACGCUCUCUAUUAACACACAUUCUAAUAUACUCACUACUUACAAUCUAUAAAUCUAAUAAUAAUUCUUAUUAUGAUUAUUAAAAAAUACUGCUACUUCAUAUCACACACACACACAGACAUAUAUAUACAUUUCCGUAGGACGUAAAUACGACGUGCCCUGUUAAUGUUCUUGGAUUGAUUAACGAUCGCGCGCCACUUGUGAAAAAAAAAAAUAUAAAUUUUCUCGAAGAAGAAACACUGCGUGAGUGUUUUGCGUUUUAUAUUUCUAAGUUUCUUCUAACUUCUGAUCAUCGCCCAGAGUCGUGUUGUAAAAAAAAGAGUAGAGCUUACUACACACAUAUAUAUAUAUACACACACACACACACACACACACACACAUAUACAUACUUUUACGGCUUAUUAUUAUUACAUACUUCCGCAUCGUUGUUGCAUCGUUGUCACUUUCGGCGCUCGGUUACCACGCACUGAGAGAAAAGAAGAUUUUUAAUUACGCUGAAGUUGCCUUAAUUAAUUAAGAUGACUUAAAUAAUUUCCCGCAAUUAGUUCGAACGUGAGAGUAAUUCUGCUGUAGAGGAGUGACAAUCGUGCUCGUUAUUAAUGUCGAUUGUUCUCGUAUGCAAAAUAUUUAAUAUAUAAACUAUUAGCUGUGCCAAGUAGUGUUUUUUUGUAAAAAAAAAAAUAUAACGAAAAAGAAAUAAAGAUUAUUGCUGCAAAAAAAAAAACAUGAAAGUAUAUAAUCCAUCUUUCGAUAAAUCCACCUGUUGGAGCGAUGUCGCGUCGUUGCAAAGAGACGCGAAGAUCACGCAAGAUACCGCGAUUAAUCCGUAGAGAAGAAUAGCGAUUUUUGCCUUAAUAAUGCGCGCGCAAUAUUUUUUUUUUUUCAAUCGCAGUUUAAUCUACAAACUUUUGCAAUUUUCUCUCAGUGAGAAGUACGCUCUUUGCAUAGAGAAGCUAUAGAUUUUAAAGGAUACAAGCAUCACACGCGUGUAGGAAAUCUUGCAAAAUGUAUGAUAAUAUGCGAGCAAUGUGGGCGAAUCAUCGUCAUUGUUUACUUAUUAUGAUGAUUAAUUUCAUUAUUCCCAUUUCUCUAUCAUCCAUCAUCGCAUUAUAUAUAUGUUCAACGUCUCGUUGAAGUAUAUUUCUCGUCGCUAUUAUAUACAAAUUUAUGUUACAUAAUGACGGCCGUGAUUUCUGUAUAAUGUAUAAGAUUAUAUGUAUAUACAUAUAUCUUUCGUCAUCGCUUUCUACUUAUUUAUUUUAGCGUGUACGGACGAUGACCUUUGUCCUCUUGUAUCCAUUUCUUAUACAUAAAUCUUGUAUAUGAUUUAUUUGCUCAUCGGAACACGAGAGCAAUGUGUAAUUUAAUAUCUAUAAUCUAAGGUGUUUGAAAAAAAGAGUAUAAAGAUACACGAAGUAUAAUUAUGAAUUUUAUAAGGAUGACGCUUUAUAUAAAUAAAGCUAACGAGGGACCAUCAAACUUAAUAUAUCCAUGUACAAAGAUAUAGUGCAUGCGCAUUAAAUUUAUAAUCUCUUAUAUGAUACUUGAUUAUUCCUAUAGGAGAGCAAUUAGAGAACAUGAAUUACAUAUUUGUAUACGUAACAUUAAACUCGGUCACCUGAUCUUUUAUAUUUAUUUAUAUACAUAAGAUUAUAUACAUAUACAUAUAUGCAUGCAUGUAUACAGAGUGUCCCAUAUUAAAUGUUGUAGUGAAAUAUCCGGAAAACGAUAUAAGAAGGAUAGUUACAAUGAAGACCAAGACAUUGAAGAUCAUGUGGCGAAUUUAGAAUAUUAAGAGCGCGAACUAUGCGCAAAAGUUUCUUGAUUUUUUAAGAUAAAUCGAAUGCUUAACCCAUCGUUAUUACACAUCCUCUAUUCUUAUUUUAUACUCCCUUUUCAAGCACCCUAGAAGCAAUUUAAUCUUUAAAUGGUUAGAGAUCAAUGAUCAAGCAGAAAAAAAUUUGAUCAUUCAAAUAUUCGACUCUCUGUCACGCUGUUUAACGAUUUAAUGUCAUAUACGCGAUUUCUAUAAUUUGUUCAACGUGUAUAAAUGAUCUAAAUCGAUCACUAAGGAACGAACGUGAAAUUUGGCAAGCUCUAUUUUUUUCCGAUUGCAUCAUUCAGAAGAAUAAAAUGCAAUAAAAUAAAAUGUAGAGAGAAUGAUAUAUAAAUGUGAUAUAUCUUCUUUGAAUAUUUUUGAAUUAAUUUUCCAUAAAAGAUAACACAAGUCGCUCUUUCACAAUAUGUAUAUAAAAUAAUCCCAUACAUCUCUCCAAUACGUAUAAAAUACUAAAUAAAAUACUUUAUAGACUCUACUUAUUUAAUUAUCUUACUUAUUAUUGCGCGCAGAUAUACAUAAGACGCUCGUCUAGGGUAGAUUUUGUUCAUUUCUAUCUUGGUUCUUAUACAAUAUUAAGUUAAAUAUUCUUUUUAGCGAUCAGAUGUAGAGAGCAAACGUGAAAAGAAGAAAACAGGAGAGAAAGAGAAAGCGAGAGAGAGAGAGAGAGAGAGAGAGAGAGAGAGAAAAGAAUGAAAGAGAAAAUGAAUGAAAGAGACUGAAAUUGAGAGAGGGAUCGCGUGUACACUGCUCGUUUAGAGAUUUGAGGAAAAUCCAUAAUUGUGCCAAAUCGUUAUAUAUGUCUUGCACUUAAAGAGAGAAAUAAUUUUAAUAAUUUUAAAGCUUCAGCGUUAUAUUUCAGGCAAGAGAAAUGAAUUUAUAUGGAAACUGUGAGUCACCAUCUUUGUCCAUCUAUGCGAAUUUUAAUACCGUUCGGAGUGCUUUACUGAUUGAUCUUUUUCAUCCCUGUCUAUAGACAGCAAAGCAAUUCGGAACUCAGGCGAAUCGCGUUAAGUCAACUUUACUUUAAAUCAGACUUCGCAAACUUAUCCAACGAGUUACGUUUCCAUCAGCCUUCAUGUCUGGUGAAUCAAAAUUUCAAUAGCUUCGCAACUUAUCGAUAAUUCGCAGCUUUCAUUGAAUCGUGCUUUUCCUUGCGUUAUUAAAAUUAUCAAAUAUUUGAAAUUAAAAAAAAAAAAAUUUUGUUUUUUAUUUUUAACUUUACCUAUACUGUCACGCAUAUACACGACGAUUUGGCGAUUCAGAUUUUCCUUGAUAUUCACCUAAGGGCAAUAAAACAUAUUGUACAUUUUGUGAGUGCAGUUGUAUUUAAAUAAGUUGCAUAAAAAAGACAGAUUUUUUAGAUAUUGCACUGUCAUAUUUAUUAUUCUAUAAUAACGAUCGAUCGGCUCGACCGGAUCGACCGCGCUCUCAAAACUAUAAUGUAUACAUAUUCUCGCCGAUGUAUUUCGGGAACUCUCCCUUUUUCUUUUUUUUAUAGCAUUACGCGAGUGCCGUCGAUCGGGCGACACACACACACACACACACACACACACACACACACACACACACACACACACACACACGUACAUUAUGAAUUAAUAUUAUUAAUAAUAAAAAAAGGCAAACGUGUACGCGAAACACGCAUUGUUCUUUUUAAUAAGGAAGACAUGGUUUUCAGUGUGUUUUCACUACGAUUGAAUAAAACUCUCUAUAUUAUUACAUAUAAUAUUAUAUUAAUAAUACGAGAUAUUAUUACACUGUAAUGUUUGUUUUUGUUUAUUAAAGUGUGUAUAUAGCAAUAUAUUCUAGAAACGGUC